AUGAUCUUAACUAUCACUACUCUCGGAGAAAAUCAAUUCGCCCAACAAGAAAACUCAAUUUUGGAACCUGAAACAUUAAUUUGCUUUACUACUGGCUCCAACUUGGCCAGCCAACCCUUUAUUGACCCGUCGCGACUGUCUGUCAGAUUUCGCACUGCCGACACUAUAGCUCACCUAUUUCAGCAGUGCCGACAGUGGUUCUCUGACCACAACGGAAAUCUGUCGGUCCCUCUUUCAAGAAUAUGGCCUAGCACCUCUUUUUCAACUCGGUUUUUUAAUGAAUCUGAGCAGGAGUCCGAGAAUGGAGAAACAGAUGAUAUAUCAGCAGCAUUGGAUCACAUUCCGAAUAAACGGUAUUCUUCAUUGGAACCCUCAGCCGAGCAGACAAUACAACCAGGCUUCGUUUCCACGACUAAAGAAUCGGUCACUAGACUGGUCAACACUCAGUCUACUCCGAGCUCUCUGCCAGUCAGACAGGACCGAGUCUAUCUACGCCACUUAGUCGAUCUGGUGGGGAUUUUGCCUGUUCGAACCUAUUCCGUUUACAUGGCUUGGCCAUUUAGCUUAUUCACAAACAUACGUAGUCGAGAGAAAGUAAAAUAG